AUGUAUAAAAAUUAUACGACCACUUCUAAUACUACUAAUACCAAUGAUGAAUUAUCUACUCUAUUUCAUUGUAUGAUACAUUUAUUCAGUAGUAUAGAACAAGAUAUAUUUAAUUUAAUUAAUUAUUGUGAACAAUUACAAGUUAGUUUAAUUAUGCCGUUAUUAAUUACUAUUUCACAUAUCAUAGAACAUGAAUUCAACAACACCAACAUCAAUUCUACAACAACACAACAAAAUACUACUACUAACAACACUACUCAUAACACUACUCAUGAAAAUUCUAAUCCUUCUACUAUCAUCAUCACCACUAUGAAUAAUCAUGAUGAGUUGAUGAGUAAGCAUCAAAUGAAAACGUAUAUUGGGAAUUUUCUAUCACGUUUUAUGAUUGAAACAAAACGUGCUUUUAAUCGUUUGAUA